AAGCUGUUGAAGGUAUGUGCUUGACCCACUCCGGAAAUGUUCAGUUGGGUGUCAUUGCUUGUCUUCAACUCUACAAGCUUUUCUGUUCCCAAAUAGAGAAAAAUGCAACUUAAAGUUACCUUCUUGAAUGAUUUUUCCAAAUGUAAAUUUAAUUUUCUCAAUUGGGUGGUUAUUUAAUUUGUUUGUUUUGGAAGAAAUCUGUCACAGCCCUUUCUAGUUUUUGUAAAAUUGUAUUGUAAUAGCAUGGUUCAGAUUUGCAGAUUUUUUAUGGAAGCCCCCUAUUAACAAACUAUUUUCUUGAGUAGUUUACUGCUCUCUUACAGGCAUGGAGAGAACAGGAGAAAGGGUUGUACUCUCUAUUUUUGAGACUGUAAGCUUGUAGGAUAUUCAGAAAGAAAAGUUGCCUUUGAAAGACAUUACAAUGCCAGUUCCUCUUGCUCCUUAUCCAACGCCUCCAGCACCUUACACUCAACCUGCCAAUGGUGCACAGAGCCAGCUUGUUUGUUCUGGAUGUCGAAAUCUUUUACUCUACCCAGUUGGAGCAACCUCUGUGUGCUGCGCCGUAUGCAAUGCAGUCACAGCUGUGCCACCUCCAGGUACAGAAAUGGCACAGUUGGUUUGUGGAGGCUGCCACACCUUACUCAUGUACAUUCGUGGAGCAACUAGUGUACAAUGUUCUUGUUGUCACACCAUCAAUCUAGCGUUGGAAGCGAAUCAAGUGGCACACGUCAAUUGUGGGAACUGCAGAAUGCUAUUGAUGUACCAAUACGGGGCACGAUCAGUGAAAUGUGCUGUUUGCAAUUUUGUGACAUCAGUUGGGGCAUCAACAAGCACUACUGAACAGAAGUUCAACAUCUGAUGUUAAUUAUUACAAGCCUAAGUUGGUGAUUACCGAUUCCACAACUUCAGUUUUGCAUAUUAUUGCAGUAUUUCCACCGACUGUAUCUGUAGGCGAAGCAGAGGAAAUUACCUACCUUAGUUCACAUGUAUAGAGUUAAAUUUUCCCCCCUUUGCGUGAUCCUUUUAUCAUCAUGAAUAAGAAGUUUUGCCAUAUUAAAUGUAUGUGAAGCAUUAUUCUGUGAAGAGACUUGCAGGUUGUGCUUGUGAGUGCAUUAUGGAAAUUGUUUUUGGAUAAUGAUGCUGAUAAUUCAUUUUCUUUUUA